UCAUUGAUCUAAUCAAAUUUCAUACAUAUCGCGCCCUUGAAAGGUUUCUCCUACACACAGUAAAGUUGCGAAAGCAAGUUAAACAUAUUUACCAAGUCCAAUUCCCGUUGAAAGACAUUUUCUAUCGAUUUACCAUGACUGUAACGCGGCAAGUCGAAGUGAAUAUCAACCAAUUGAAAAAAUGGGGUUCGGAUAGAUUUGUUGAAAUUCAGAGAGGAUGUCAUAUAAGUCUAGGCUUUAGUAUAAUUGGUGGAAAGAUUGAUGCAUCAACUGAUGAAGUGAAAGCAGGAGAUCAAAAAAGUUCAGGUGUAUUCAUUAAAUCCAUCGAUCCUGAUGCAUCUAUAUGCAAUGUUUCCAAUUUGAAGAUUGGGGACCGCAUAGUCGAGGUGAAUGGAAUUAACGUGCUUAAUUGUACCUGUGAUAAAGUAGCUGAACUCAUCCAGAACAACGAAGAUAUUAUUCGACUUCGAGUGCAAUCACUAACUGUUAUGGAUCAAUCCGAUUGUAUUCAACCACAAGAGAAAACUGAGCAGAAAUCGCUUGAAAGAGUAUUAUCUAAUAAGACCCAAGAGCACGUGGCUUUAAUACAAUCCGCAAACUCUAUGGGAACUGCAACCGCUGUUAACCAAGAAGCUGAUGAAGAAAAAUCUAUUAGAGAAAAUGAUGUUCACCACCCUGACUCUGAAGAAAGUUCGGAGAGUGAGGAUGAGCGCUAUAUGGAAGGCAACAUUCAUACUAAAGCUGGCAUGGAGAUAUCGCGUAAAAGUGCUGGUAACGUUAAACGGACGCCUGCUGAAAUAGCAGCAGAUUCUGAAGAAGAAGAUGAAUACGGUUACACUGCUCAAAAAAUUUUGAAGAAAUAUCGUUCAUUGAAUGGUCAAGUGGUGCUCGAAAAAAUUGAUAGAACUACUGGUGAUUUGGGUAUCGCAUUGGCUGGCCAUAAAGACAGAGCAAGGAUGGCUGUAUUUAUAUGUGGUUUGAAUCCAAAAGGGAAUGCUUUUAAAGUUGGAAAUUUGAAAGUUGGAGAUGCGAUAUUGGAGGUAAACGGGCAUGUACUGCAGGGCCGUUCCCAUUUAAAUGCUUCAGUGAUUAUGAAAGGAAUGGGCGGGUCAACGUGGAAAUUAAUCAUUCAUCGAGAUAAUUCAGAAAUGAAUGCCCUAGCACCGAAGCUACCCAUUCAUUUUCCAGCUGCAUUCGAUGAGAGUGAUCGGUAUAGCGGAUUUGAAGGAGUGCGAACGGUAUCUUUAAAGAAGGGAUUGUACGGUUUAGGUAUAAUGAUUGUUGAGGGCAAGCAUGCUGAAGUUGGUCAAGGGAUUUUCAUUUCUGAUAUUCAAGAGGGGAGUGUAGCCGAAAAGGGCGGUCUUCUGCUAGGUGAUAUGAUUCUAGGUGUGAAUUCAGACAGUCUCGUAGGUUCUACGUAUGAUCAGGCUACACUUGUCUUGAAACGCGUAGAAGGAAUGGUUACGGUAACUGUAUGCAAUCCAAACCAGAACAAGUUGAAAGAGCAAUCUGAUAUGAAUGAGCUGUCAAAACUCUCACCCGAUAUACCAACAACUGAAAAAUCACCAGGCCAAACUCAACAAUCUGGAGAAAUAAAAAAAGCUGAAGUAGCGGCAGACAGUAAAAAUGUAAAGACAUCUCAAGGCAAACCCACUAUUGUGGAAAUAACAAAAACGAAAGAAAAUGCCCUUGGGCUUAUCAUUGCGGGUGGAAGCGAUACAUCGUGUGGUGGUGUUUUCAUUUUGGAUUUAUACCCCGAUGGUCUUGGUGAGAAAACUGGUCAACUAAAACGAGGAGAUAGAAUACUAGAAUUUUGUCAAGAAAAUUUUAAAACAAUUGACCAUGAAAAGGCGGAGGCAAUUAUUCUCAGUACAACGGGACCGAUGAAACUUAGUAUUUUACAAGAUGAGUAUUCUAUUGAUGAAGUGGAAGUGGAACUUCAAAGAAAACCAACUAAGGGCAUUGGUCUUGGCUUAAUGGGAUUCAAAUCUGGAAAAGGAGCAUAUAUUUCAGAAUUGAUGGCAGGGGGCAGCGCAGCGGAAUCCGGAAAAUUGCAAUUAGGAGAUUUAAUUGCUGCUUUGGGUGGACAAAACGUCGAAGAAAUUGAAAGCAAUGAAAUAGCCAAUUUGAUGAAAGCUUCAAAUCCGUUAUUAUUGAAAAUAAAACGAUUCAAGGCAAUGGCAUAAUUCUAUCAAUCAUGUUGCAUUGAUAAAGUGAAAGAGGGAAUUCAAUUAGUAUUGAUAACAGGAAGUAAGAUGUAAUGUGAAGGGGGGCGAAUUUUGAUUAAUUCCUUGGGACAAAAUAUCAAUUGUGAAAUUACAGUUGAGAGUAUGUUUGAAUUUUGUAAUCAACUAAUAAUUGCCACUCCAAGAAUUAUAUUUAUAAGUUGAGUGGCAAUUGAAUUAGAGUAACUAAUCUAACUAAUUUUCAUCUUUAUAUCGCAAGGGUUUUGCGGUAUCCUCUCAGGACAAGCAGUAAUUUACUUACUUUCCAUUUAAAUGUAUUUUGUCAGUACUCCGGAGACAAGGCGUUUCGACAAUUAUAUAUUAAUAAAUAUUCUGAUUACAUUAUAUUAUUACUUAUACAUAUUUAGAAUAUGAAUACACGUUUCUCUAAGUCUUUAUGACUAUUCAGGGUUUUUUGUGGUAAAUUUGUCUUAAUUACGAAAUGUGUGCAUGUGUCUUUGAAAUUAAAUC